UGCAAUGUGGUUCAGUGCCCAACAAAAUUAUAAAAUGUAGAUGGAUGUGUAUAUUAUUGGAGAAAUAUUGUUUCGCGUAAAACAAAAUAAACAACCAAAGAAGGUUGUUGGGCAAUGGAAAAAUUGUUAGUUUUAAUCUGUAUUUACAGUAUUGGUUGCAUAGUAUUUCAUGAAAAAGAAACGUAGUGUUUGCUAUACAACAGGUAUAGGCAUGAGUUAUUCUCAGGCAGAAAUAGAACAAAAGCGUUUACUAGCUUUGCAGCGUAAGAAACAAACUCAAAUAAAAACCUGUUCAUCUCCUAACAUAACAAAAAUAGAAAGCAGUAUUACGUCUGCUACUAUUUUAAAUAAUGGAAACAAACCAGCUAAUGCUGCUGAGCGUUUUCAACAUAAAGGAAAUAAUAGUAGUUUCGGAAAAAAUUUUAAAAACAAUUCCUUUAAAAGCAACACAAAAUUCAAUAAACAAAAGGAUCGGUUUAACCCAAUUGACUCGAAAACUUUUUUUGGGCAAAAAUCACGCGUAACAGGAAAAUGUUACAUGAUAAGCGAAGAAAGACUUGUGCUUGAAACGUCGUCGUAUUUUCCUCCACUUAUCGAAGCAUUUAAGACAAUUCCAAGCAAAUCAUAUGAUUCAAAAUCUAAAACAUGGAGUUUUCAUUUAAGAGAUUAUGAAAGUUUAAUGGAAAAAGUUGUUCAAUUCAAGUCUGAUAUACAAAUAAUAGGACUGCCGAACAAAAUUCUUCAAGUAUUUAGGAAAAUCAACACUUUGGAUAAAACAGCUGCAAACAUUGAUUUGUCAGAUAUUGAUCCUCAUUUAUUGAAUCAAUUAAUGCCCUUUCAACGCGAAGGAAUUUGUUAUGGAAUAUCUAAAGGCGGUCGCUGUAUGUUUGCUGAUGAUAUGGGUCUAGGGAAAACUAUUCAAGCAUUAGGCAUUGCACAUUAUUUUAGAAAAGAUUGGCCUCUUCUCAUUGUUGUACCAUCUUCAGUCAGGUAUCAAUGGGCAGAAGCAAUAUAUACAUUUUUGCCAUCUGUUCCUGCACAAUAUAUCCAUCAUUUUACAAAUAUAAAAGACUUUUGCAACGAUAGUAAGAUUAUUAUCACGUCUUACGACCUUCUAGCGCGACACGUAGAUGCAUUUGAAUCUCGAAUGUUUGGCUUUGUUAUUCUGGAUGAGUCGCAUGUCUUAAAGAGUUUUAAAACUAGCAGAUACAAGGCUGUACAAUGUAUAGUUUCGGAAGCAUGCCAUGUUAUUUUACUUACUGGAACACCUGCUUUAUCAAGGCCUAUAGAACUGUAUACACAAAUAAACUUUAUAAUACCAAAUUUCAUGGGAUAUCAAGAAUACGGAAUUCGGUACUGUGCGGGCGAAAAGAAUUCAUUUGGAUGGGAUUUUACAGGAUCAUCAAAUAUGCAAGAAUUGCAAUUGUUGUUAAAACACACCUGUGUACUUCGAAGACUGAAAACUGAUGUAUUGCAUGAAUUACCAGCAAAAACCAGGGAAAUCAUUGUACUAGAUCCAGAUUUAAUAAAAGCUAGUGCUAAGGAAAUGGUAGAGGCUUCAAAGCAGAUGGAAAAAAAAGUUUUAAAUGGUAGGGAAAGGCAUAAUGCUCUUAUACAGUACUAUAAUGAAUCCAGUUUCGCCAAACAAAAAGCUAUAUGCGACUACGUUUUAAAACUUUUAAAAGACAAACAAAAGUUUCUAAUCUUCGCUCACCACAAAAAUAUCCUAGAUGCCAUUUCUGAAUGUGUACAAUCUAUGAAUAUAAAAUACAUCAGAAUCGAUGGUAGAACAAAUUCUGAAUAUAGAAAGGAACAAAUUGAUCAAUUUCAAAGUAGCGAUGAUUACUUGGUAGCGAUUCUGUCAAUUACAGCAGCAAAUUCCGGAAUUACAUUAACAGCUGCGCAACUUGUAGUUUUUGCAGAACUGUUUUGGAAUCCUGGGAUAUUGUGCCAGGCAGAGGACAGAGUACACAGAAUUGGUCAAAAUAAAACUGUUGUUAUUCGGUAUUUAGUUGCAAAACAAACGGCAGACGAUUAUUUAUGGCCAUUACUCCAAAAGAAGAUAAACGUGUUAAACGAAGCUGGGCUCGAUCAGAAUCUUUCUCUGAAUGAUAUAAGUAUUACAAAACAUACAUUAAAUACGAAACAAACAGUAUUAGAUUUCUGUAAAAGUAGCGAACAACAUCAACGCACGACUGAUGAAACAAUUGUACAAAGUAAUGAAAAUGCAACACAGAAUGUCUUGCUAGAAAACGAUUUUCCUGCAACGCCGGACGAAGCUAAACAGUUACUUGAACUUUCCGAAAGUGACUUAAAUUUCUGUGAUUGGGAUGACAUUGAAUAAAAUAUUUACGUUUGUAAUAUGUAUCUAUAUAACGUUGUUAAUGUUGU